AUGAGCUCUGUCUUUGCGACGACAGACGCCAACAAUAACAUCAUCCUAUCGCCCGAGAAACCAACUGCUGCAGUCGUGUUCCUCCAUGGUUUGGGCGACACUGGUCAUGGCUGGAAAGAUGCAAUGACCGUAUUGGCCAAAAAUCUCCCGCACGUGAAAUUUGUGCUGCCUACCGCUCCGACCAUGCCAGUGACGCUCAAUAUGGGCAUGCAGAUGCCGUCAUGGUACGAUAUCAAGUCUCUAUCUCGUGUGGAUGGAGACAAUGCCGAUGGAAUUGAUACGUCUCGUGACCGUAUCAUGGCGAUCAUUGAUAAUGAGGUGACUCAAGGCAUUCCCUUGUCACGCAUUGUACUCGGUGGAUUCAGUCAAGGUGCAGCGUUGUCGUUGUUCUCGGGGUACCAGACAAAGACGGUGCUUGGUGGUGUCAUCUCCAUGUCGGGAUUCCUGCCGCGUUUCAGCUCGUUCCAGCUUAGUCCAGAGACGGCAAACGUACCGCUGCUCAUGUGCCAUGGCGAGCAGGACCCGGUCGUGCGUUUCGAAUACGGCAAGAUGUCCAAGGAGAAACUGGAGACGACAGGCGUCAAGGACGUUGAGUUCCACUCGUAUCCGGAUAUGGAGCACAGUGCUUGCAUGGAAGAGCUGAGCGAUGUGACCAAAUGGCUUCAGCGCGUGAUUCCAGCGACGAAGAACUAG